AUGAAGAAUUCAGCACCUGGACGUCUUCAAGCGGUGAAUGGAGAGUUGUACUAUUCUCCGAACUGCAGCAGGGCGCUUGACAUUCAAGAAGACCCAUACCUCCACCAGGAUGUAAACCCGUUUCAGCCGACAAGACGCCGAGAACUGGAUCUACCGACCGCCCCGUCUUCUUCCAACCCUGCUCAAUUGUCCUCAGGGGAGAAGUUCAAACCACUUUACCCGAGGUUUCAAGACAUCUCCACCCCCCGUUUAUGGACUCUCGCGUUUGGAUGGAUGGCGUUCGUUCCGUUGCGUUACUCGGACCCUGGAUUCCCCUUCAAUCGACUCAAGCGCAUCCCCCAUCCCCUAAGCCUUGGUUCUGAGGGGGAUUUGGUGUACCGUAUGCCCGAUACCUUCAUCCACAGCUGGUCCAGGCUGGAGGCUGAACUAUUCGGCGCUGUCACGAAACUCAAGUCAAAAUUCACGGCACCCUUGGUCCUGCCGUUUCUGCCGUGGGCUCAUGGGUACCAGAAAUCGUUCAGAAAUUGGAGGAGCUAUGAUCGGGCGGUUGCAUUGUCGAGGGAUUGGUUUUCGGUUUGGUGGGGGGCGCUGUCUUUCCUGAUUGCGUAUGGCGAAUCGAAACGAGACGCUUUCACUCUCAGCAGCCAUGUCCCAGAGUGGCACACCGAAUUGGAAUCCGAGGUAGAAGUGGCAUGGAUUGACGGCGUUUUUCGUUCGUCUUUGAGCGAUUUCUCCUACAACGCAGACCGAAUCGGGUGUAUCGUGGACAUUGUUAACCCACCGCGGGACCAACCAACUGUUGCAUGGCUCGUGAAUCAUGGGAUACCAGUUUGGUACCGAUGGGGUCCUGCGGAAAUGACCUCAGCUGAUCGUUCCCUGGCCCCUCCUCCCGAAUUGCUUACAGGAAGACCUGAGCAGCCGCUGUCUCCUGGGGUGCAGACCUCGACUGCGUCUUCGCCCACCGCAAGACUUCAUGAGAUUACGAGUCACGAUGAAAGACCAACAGGAAAACUUGAACGACCGCUGCCUCUCGGAAACCAGACCUCGAUUUCCUCACCGCCGACAACGACACGCUACGAAAGUUCCAAGCCCGAACCAGCCUGGGUGGCUCACUUCAAACGCCACGAACACUUACAUGCGCGAAUCAUGGAAAAAGAAACGGCAACACAGCGUCAGUCCCGUGAAGAUAGAGCAGCCAACCCGCCGGUUUCUAACGUGCGGGUGUACGAAUGGUAUCCUUCUGAGCGAGAUCCAAACGUAUACGAGCGAGUCGCCGCUGGAGUAAAGAACUCGAGAGACACCCUUGCCCUUUACAGUGCCCGUCAGAAAGUAUUUGAUGCAUUUUGCAGAGAAUGGGAUUGUUGCGAAUACUUUGGCAAGGGUGACGAAGAGAUCGACCUGGAUGAGUGGGGUCCGGAGGACCUGGACCUCCCAUUACCGGAAUCGCUGAGGCAAAGAAUAACCAAAGCCUACAGUGCAUACGUCGACGACGAGGAUGAAGAGGAGGUGGGUGCAGUGACGGAGGAGUUGCCUCUUUCACCUUCGUUGGCGGUGGGACAGGGGGGAGGGAAUCCGUCAAGAUCCGUCUUUGAGCCACUCAAUCUGGCAGAGCAAUCAAUGGCCAUUAACACGACGCUCGUUGAAGACGAGGAGGGCAUGUUCACAGUAUCGACGAGUUGGAUGGCCGCUUGUUUGGAAGACGAGGUCAAUAAAACGUUGGGGCUUCACUAUGGAUUCGUCCCUCCAUUGCCCUCCGUCUCUAUCGCUGCGGACGACGGGCCUAGGGUUCGAAGGGACUUCUAUCGCCUGCUUGGACUCUGUGACGACGAAGAACAGCCGGAAGAGUACUUCGCGUCGACCCAUUAUCGAUCAGCGCUUCAAUUUAUCCACUCCCACUCGAAUCGGCAGACUCCUCACCCUGGUUCUUGGGACCUCAAGGACGAUGUCAUACAUCCUCUGAAGCACCGCUCUCGCCUUCGUUGCCUCCGCAUCGUCUCAAUACCGCACUGGACAAACGUAGACAUUGUUGACGAGGGCCUGUCCGACUGCGUCCCCCGUUACUAUUAUUUCGAGCCCCCAGAGACAAGCAAGGUUUGGAGGCUGGCCGUGCUCAGUGGAGUGGAUGCGCUGUUCGUGUGUCGUCUGGCUGAGGAAUUCAAUGAAGACGACGUCGUUUUUGCCCUCGCGCAAAAAGGGAUACCCUUCCGACUUUUCUUCCCUCGUCACCACAUCCCCGCCCCUCUUUACCGCACGCCUUCCUACAACCCCUUGCCAGUCAGAUCAUUGGGUCAUAAGUUCACAAAAGCCGACUACGAAAGCUACAUCAAUACUCGGACUCUGGUCCUGGCUCAGCCCCAUAUGAGUGCCGCACUGCGUCGUGGGGGGAUCAUCUGGCGCCUGGCUGUCGCAACACUUGGUCUGGGUGACGUGCAGAAACCACCUAUGGGCUGCGGGGCUACUGUAUCUAUACAAUUUCCAAACGGCAUGGGCGAGUACGUGGACGAUAGCUUGACGGCAAGAGAGCUCGACUUGAUAUGUGGGGCGUAUCUUUGCAUUGACGAGAGAACGGGGCACACCGCUAUGAAGUCUUGGUGGCCGCUUGCUCGAGCAUACGAACGUGCGGAUUGUGGAGAUAACUACGGUCGUUGGUGCAGCCGCAGAGAGGAUUGGUAUUUGAAACGGCUACGCAACAUAGAGAAUGGCGUGGAGAAUUCGGACCAGCCUAUCGCAUUUCAGCAGUGGAAGACAGCCAUGCGGGGCGUUGGACCUAUACGCAAAUUCCACCUGAGCAUACAUUCGUCGUCCAAUGCUUUCAUUGAAGGUCAUAUCCAGUCCCCUGGUCGUUAG